CGGCUUAGUAAGUGGUGACCUUCGAGAUAACACCUGCUACUAAUAAUUAUCACAGCGUAUCUACACGCACGCCAUCUUAAGUUUCAGAGUAAUCACUGGUGGUCACUCGUGGCGUGAAGCACAGUAAAACAGUGACAGUAUAGAAAUGAAAACGGAAAAUAGAAUUAAAAAAAAUGAUGAUUCUUCAAAACAGACAUCGACUAAGCAAGCUAUUGUAACAGUUGCAGUGAUCUUUAUUACUUCAUUGUCAGCAAUGUUUUAUGUGUAUACUAGUUUUCCAGAACUUGCAGAGAAUGAACGACAACACUUAAAGUUACCAUUGCACAUUGAGGAUGCUAAAAACUUGGGUAAACUAUUAAGUCGGUAUAAAGACCUUUAUUAUUUCCAAGUACUAGCUGGAUUAUUUCUUACCUAUAUUUUUUUACAAACAUUUGCUAUUCCAGGUUCCAUUUUCCUCUCUAUCCUUUCUGGCUUUCUAUUUCCAUUUCCUUUAGCUUUGUUCCUAGUAUGUAGCUGCAGUGCAGUAGGUGCAUCACUUUGUUACCUUGUGUCAUCUCUUCUAGGUCGUAAAUUACUUUUUAAAUACUUCCCAGAAAAAGCACAAGAGUGGACGCAAACAAUUAAAAAACACAAACACCACCUUUUUAAUUAUAUGCUGUUUCUUCGGAUAACUCCACUACUACCAAAUUGGUUCAUCAAUUUAGCUAGUCCUGUGAUCGGAGUGCCUCUUGCACCUUUUGCCAUGGGCACAUUUUUUGGAGUAGCUCCACCAUCUUUUGUUGCGAUACAAGCAGGCCAGACGUUACAAAACUUAACUUCUUCUACUGACGCAUGGUCCUGGAAUAGCAUCCUAAUUUUGUGCUUAUUUGCAAUUUUAUCAUUAGUACCUGUUUUAUUUAAACAAAAAUUGCAAGAAAAGUUAGAUUAAAAUUUAGAGAAAAAUUGAAUAAAGGAUUUGUUCAAAAAAUAUGCACUUAUUUAUUUUAAGUAUUUAAAGAGCUAAAGAUAUAUCAAUCACAUCAAAAGUCAAUUUAGUUAUGAUUCAAUUAGCAAUUUUCAAUUUGCUAUGAUACUACCAGCACAAUCAAGAUAGUGAUUGUAAAUACAUGCAUAAAAGAAGGUACAAAAGCUUAAUUUAUGAUGUUAGAAAUGAAAACAAUAUAUAAUUAAUUUUACGA